AUGGUAAGCUAUUUUAUCUUUUAUGAAGUUGAAGCUUGGGGGUAUUUCCUUCCAGAAUUUAGCUAUGCAUAUUCUGACAAUGGUCCAAAUAGUCAUUACCAACCUAUGAUAUCUUCUGUAAUGAAAUACUACAAAGACAGACUAUAUGGUCCAUCAAAUAUUCCUCUAGGCACAAGUGGAAUUGGGAGAGUUCUUCAUGGAGGGCAGCCUGGUUCUUCGCCUGGUUUUAAUGGAAUCCCAGGUCCCAUUGCCUAUCCUCUAAGUACACUUGGAGCACUAACACACUCAGACAUUGGAUGUUUAAGUCCAGGAAGAUGCCAUGAAAGAGUUGAAAGAAUUGAAGUUGAUACACUUCCCAGUAAACCAUGGCAGAAUCCAAAUUAUGUCCUGGAGGAUUUACAGAAGUCAGAGCGUGGAAGCAAGAAGUUUGUGUCUAUGUGCAUGUCCCUCUUGAAGAUUCCCUUGCUUUUUGGGUUCUUGUAUCUGUUUGUCUGCUCUUUAGAUGUGCUCAGCUCUGCCUUCCAGCUGGCAGGAGGAAAGGUGGCUGGGGACAUUUUUAAAGAUAACGCCAUCUUGUCAAACCCUGUGGCCGGCUUGGUUGUUGGAAUAUUGGUCACUGUUCUUGUUCAGAGCUCCAGUACCUCCACGUCUAUCAUUGUCAGCAUGGUUUCAUCUGGAUUGCUUGAAGUACGAUCUGCUAUACCCAUUAUCAUGGGUUCCAACAUUGGCACAUCAGUCACCAACACAAUUGUUGCUCUGAUGCAGGCUGGUGACAGAAAUGAAUUUAAGAGGGCUUUUGCUGGCGCUACUGUUCAUGACUGUUUUAACUGGCUGUCAGUUCUGGUUUUAUUACCGCUGGAGAUAGCUACAGGCUACUUGCACUAUAUCACUAAGAUUGUAGUAGCCAGUUUUUAAGAUCCCAAAGUGGUAAAGAAUGCACCAGACCUACUUAAGAUUAUCACUGAGCCUUUUACCAAGCUAAUCAUUCAGCUGGACAGCUCUGUAAUAACGGGGAUUGCCAUUGGAGAUGAGACGCUCCGGAACAAGAGUUUAAUCCGAGUAAUGUGCAAUAAAAAGAUACCAGAGCUUUUUCCUGAUAACUCAAUGGAAGGUAUUAAUCAUUGUAACUCCUUGGGGCAAUGUUGGCAGGAAGGGAAUACCACAUGGAUUAUAAAGAAUUUAUCUGUCACCGAAUGGACAGAGAAAUGUAACCAUUUGUUUGUAAACUCUCACUUACCUGACCUGGCCGUGGGCCUGAUAUUACUGGCUGGUUCUCUUGUUAUUCUUUGUACUUGCUUGGUGAUGUUGGUCAAAAUCCUUAAUUCUGUCUUAAAGGGGCAAGUGGCCAAAGCCAUCAAGACAGCAAUUAAUACUGAUUUCCCUUACCCAUUCACGUGGCUCACUGGUUACUUUGCUAUGCUAGUGGGCGCAGGAAUGACUUUUGUUGUUCAGAGCAGCUCUGUGUUCACCUCAGCAAUUACACCAUUAAUUGGCAUUGGUGUUAUUAGUAUUGAGCGUGCAUACCCACUUACCUUAGGCUCCAAUAUUGGCACAACUACCACAGCAAUCCUGGCAGCACUAGCAAGUCCUGGAGACAAACUAGCAAGUGCCUUCCAGAUUGCUCUAUGCCACUUCUUCUUUAACAUCUCAGGAAUCUUGUUGUGGUAUCCACUUCCAUUCACACGACUACCCAUCCGCAUGGCAAAGACCCUGGGAAAACGUACAGCCAAAUAUCGCUGGUUUGCUGUACUCUAUCUCAUUAUUUGUUUCUUACUCCUUCCCUCCCUUAUAUUUGGCAUCUCUAUGGCUGGCUGGCAGGUUCUUGUGGGUGUUGGUGCUCCCUUUCUUGGUCUCUUCUUCUUCAUUGGUGCUGUAAAUUUACUGCAAAUUCAUAGCCCACAUCAUUUGCCAAAAAGUCUGCAGUCAUGGGAUUUCCUCCCUGCCUGGAUGCACUCCCUUAAACCCAUGGACAGGAUAAUAACAAGUGCCACUCUGUGCUGUACUGACCACUGCACCUGUUCUGAGAAACAUGAUGAUACUGACUCUAUAUUUGGACCUGAAAGAUCUCCAAAUCUUAAAGGCAAGACAAGCUAUGAUAAUCCAGCAAUAUCUUACAUUGACGAUGUUCCUCUCUCUAGAUCACCUGUUGUACAUGGCCAUCCCCAGGGCUCUACAAAUCUAUAG